AUGUCUGCUGUGAGAGUCAUCGACGCCAGCUACGUCUCCGUGCCGGCGACCGCCACGCCGUCGCCAGAGCCGAUCAAGCUCAACGCCAUGGAAGCGCAGUGGCUCACCUUCUUCCCGGUGGUGCAGCGCGUCCUCCUCUUCGACUUAGACGGCGCCGAUCACACAGCCCCAUUCGAUACCGUCCUCGAGUGCCUCCGUUCCUCCCUCGCCGCGACACUGAGCAGCUUCGCGCCACUUGCAGGCAAGCUCGUCCACCUCAAGGACACUGGCGACGUCGGCAUUAGCUGCUCCGCCACCGACGGCGUCAGGUUCGUUGUCGCGGAGUCCGACGCCGACGUCCGGCGCCUCUCCGGCGACGAGGAGUACGACAUAAGCGUGCUUAGGCUGCUUGUGCCGGAGGUGGACAUGAGCGAGCUGCCGGUCCGCGUUCUGGCCGUGCAGGUCACGCGUUUGGACGGCGGCAUGGGCAUGGCGCUCGGGGUGACAGUGCACCACGCCGUCGCUGACGGGCGCUCACUCUGGGCGUUCGUGGAGGCGUGGGCGACGGCGUGUCGGAGCGACACGCCGGCCGCCGCGACGCCAACAUUCGAUCGCUCGCUCGUCAAACUGCCUCGUGGUGACGAGCUUGCUAGAGAGGUCUUGCGGAAGUUCGCGCCAAACUUGCCUUUGGCGACACUGCCGAUGCCGACCACUGGAGAAACCAUUAGGCCGUUCACCCGAGUCCGAGCAUUCACAUUGGAGAAGCAGGACAUAGAACUCCUCAAGAAGCGCAUCAUCCAUCUCUCGGAAUCCAACGGGGUGUACCAACUGUCUCACCCCCUGUCCACCUUUGCCGCCAUCGCCGGGCUCGCGUGGACAUGCUUCGUUCGGUGCAAGCAAUUCUCCGGGGACGACGACGUGCUCUUCUUUUUCUUCGCCGACGCCCGUCGACGCCUCGACCCUCCCGUCGACGAGGCGUACACCGGCUCGUGCCUCACCGGAUGCCUUGCGAAGCUCCCCGCGCGUGAGCUCCAGGCCGACCAUGCCCUAGUUGCCGCGGCAUCGGCUGUCCAGGACGAGGUCUGCAAAAUGGCCAAAGACCCCGUGGCCGGGCUGGAUUUCGUGACACCGCUACUCACGGUCGACAUGGACCGCCUGAUGCAUGUGUCGGGCUCGCCGGGAUUCAGGGCAUACGAGGUUGCUGACUUUGGGUGGGGAAGGCCGAGGUGGACCGAGAAUGCUAGGAUGAACGACGAUGGUCAUGUGGUGCUGAUGCGUGCCAAGGACGGCCACGGGGUGCAAGUGUCAGUCUCUCUAUUAUUGCCGGAGCAGAUGGAUGAGUUCCAGGCUCAGUUCCUCAAGUUACUACAACGGUGA